GAGUAAUCUGCAAGUACUCCGAUUAAACAUCAUGGACUACUGGACGAUAGUCUUAUCAUUAUUAGUCGGCAUACUUGCCAUUUAUUACUACGCCUCCCGUAAGAAAUCGAACGUAUUCCGACAACAUGGAAUUCCACAUGCAAAAAGACAUUCCUUUUUAGAAAGAAUUUGGAAAAUUUUAGUGCAUCCACAAAGCUUGGCUGACUUCAUUGAAGAAGUGUACAAUGUGCAUUCCGAUGCUAAGUACACUGGUAUUUUUGAUUUCACAAGUCCGGUUGUAAUGAUCCGUGAUCCUGAAUUGAUCAAGUCUAUCGCAAUCAAAAAUUUCGACUCGUUUCAAGAUCACCUUUUGUUCGGCACUAAGAUUCAAGAUCCACUUUUUGGAACAAAUCUAUUUUCUCUUCGCGGCGACGAGUGGCGUGACAUGAGAGUGCUUCUGAGUCCUGCUUUUACAGCUAGUAAAAUGAAGACAAUGUUUCAUUUAAUAUCCGAUUGCGCUAUGAAUUAUUCGGAGUAUUUAAUGAAUAUAUCAUUAGACAAACGCGUUAUGGAAGUGAAAGACAUAUUCUCGAGAUACACUAACGAUGUGAUCGCCACAUGUGCCUUUGGUAUUAAUGUGGACUCGAUGAGAAACCCGGAGAAUGAUUUUCGUAUUUUCGGCAAAAAGGCAGCACAUAUCAACAUAAUUUCAAUUUUAAAAAUUGUACUGCAUCAAAAUAUGCCGUGGUUCGUACGUCUAUUCGAUCUUAAAUUAAUAGAUGAUCGCAUUACUGCAUUUUUUGUUAAUCUGGUAGCUGACACGAUCAAAAUCAGAGAGGAGAAAGGUAUUACUCGCCCAGACAUGAUUCAGCUGUUAAUGGAUAGCAGAAGUAAAAGAGAACCCGGGAGAGAACUGACCAUUUUGGAUAUGACAUCGCAGGCAUUCAUUUUUUUUCUCGCUGGUUUCGAUACUAGUUCAGCACUAAUGAGUUUUGCGGCACACGAAAUUGCCGUCAAUCCAGAUAUCCAAGAGAAGCUACAAAAUGAGAUCGAUAAGGUUUGGGAAGAUACGAAUGGCCAACCAUCUUACGAGGCGAUUAACGGAAUGAAGUAUCUGAAUGCUGUUAUCAAUGAAACUCUAAGGAAAUAUCCAGUGACACCACUGACGGAUAGAGUAUGUGUGAAAGAUUUCGAGUUGCCUCCUGCACUACCAGAUGCAAAACCGUAUCUUAUGAAAGAAGGAAUGAUACUCUGGCUCCCAUUUUAUUCGCUUCAACGCGAUCCUAAAUACUUUCCAGAACCGGAGAAAUUCAAACCUGAGAGAUUCCUCGAUGAAGGAGAUCAGUGUAAUUUUAACGCUUAUCAUCCAUUUGGAUUAGGUCCGAGAAUGUGCAUCGGUAAUAGAUUCGCGUUACUGGAGACGAGAACUUUGUUAUUUCAUCUUUUGGCUCGUUGCGAGUUAAUGCCGUGCGAGAAGACUUCGACAUCUGGAAAAUUUCAGAAAUUCAGCGUAUUCUCACUGCAGAUUGAAGGGGGUUUCUGGUUGAAAAUUGUACCCAGAGAGAACCUGCACCCUAUAAUUAUGGAAGCAAACCGGUCGUGUUAGUUUCAAAUUUUAAAGUAAUCUAUAAAAGGACACAGUUGAACUUUAGAAGUAUUCAAAACAUAUAAAAAUAAUAUAUCUUAUGUUAUAUUGCAAUAUACACAAUAUAUUACUUUAUUAAAAUAUAUA